CAUUUAAUAAUAAGCGCUCUUUGUAAUUUAUUAUUUUUAAAGUAAACAAACAUUAAAAUCGAUAAAGAAGUAGUUGUUGGAGAUUGGCUGCGUGGACCCGUUAGCCUCGUUAAAGCAAAUGGAUAAAGUGCGGACAGAGUGUGCCCCAAUUCUCAAUGGUCGACAGUUGAACACAGUGGCAAAGCUCAAGAACGUAGCAAACAAGAAAUAGCUUAAGAAACAGAAGACAACAUUAACCUCACCAAACUAUCAACUGCACAAACCCUUCCAAUGGCUGCCGCCGUGAAAGUGUACGGCCCUCCACUCUCCACCGCCGUGUCAAGAGUGCUCGCCUGCCUCCUCGAGAAAGAUGUUCCAUUUCAACUCCUUCCUGUUAACAUGGCCAGAGGUGAACACAAGAAGCCUGAUUACCUCAAGAUUCAGCCAUUUGGACAAGUACCUGCUUUUCAAGAUGAGAGCAUUACUCUCUUUGAAUCCAGAGCCAUAUCCAGAUAUAUCUGUGACAAAUAUGCAAACCAAGGAAACAAACUAUUUGGAACAAACCCUUUGGAGAAAGCAUCAAUUGAUCAAUGGUUAGAGGCUGAAGGACAAAGCUUCAAUCCACCAAGCUCGGUUCUUGUGUUUCAACUAGCUUUUGCACCGAGGAUGAAGUUAAAGCAGGACGAGAAUUUGAUCAAGCAGAACGAGGCGAAGCUUGCCAAAGUGCUCGAUGUGUAUGAGAAGAGGCUGGGAGAGAGUAGGUACUUGGCUGGUGAUGAGUUCACGUUGGCGGAUCUUUCUCACCUGCCCAACGGGCAAUACUUGGUGAAUGCAACCGACAGAGGAGAGCUCUUCCUGUCGAGGAAGAAUGUGGAGAGGUGGUGGGGUGAGAUAUCAAGCCGAGAGUCUUGGAAGAAGGUUGUUGAGAUGCAGAACUCACCCCCUCCAAGUGCUUGACUUGAGACUUGUGUUUCUUUCUUGAUGUUGUUGUAGUCUGUUUUGUUAGCUGGAAUGCUGAAUGUUUGUGUUAGAGUUGAGAUGCUCUGUCUUUUGGGAAGAUUCAAAGGUUUGUGAGAAGUUACAUUAGCUUUGUUUUUGGGAAGAUUACAGGACAAUGAUUGUAAUGGAGUGAUUCCUUAUGCUAUAUUUGGAUUUAUGGGAAAAUUUUGAACAAAA